AUCGAGUUAGUCAUUAACUUCUGACAUGAAUGCCAUAGUUUCAUCACGCCAUAAAAAAAAAACGAAUUCUAGCCGGGGCUCAGAUUGUCUGUGUGAGAACAAAGAAUAAAGGACCAUGGGCUUUCUGCUGCUGAUCCUUCUGGCUCUGCUAGCCUCUGUCCUGGGGGGCUUCUACCUCCUGGGGGCUGUCAGGCAGCGUCGACCCGGGGAACCCCCCCUGGACCGGGGCCCCAUCCCCUGGCUGGGCCAUGUCCUUGAGUUCCGCAGGGACACAGCGAAGUUCCUGGAGAGGAUGAAGGGGAAGCAUGGGGAUAUUUUCACCGUGCAGCUGGGAGGAUUCUACUUCACAUUCCUUAUGGACCCUCGGUCCUUCGGGACGAUUGUGAAGGAGGCCCGCACCAAACUGGACUUCAGCAAGUUUGCACAGCAUCUGGUGCAGAAAGUGUUUGGUUACCACUCUGACCACAGGUUUCCUCAGAUGUCCAGCAACAAGCACCUGAUGGGGGACGGUUUAGUGGUCAUGACACAGGCUAUGAUGAGCAACCUACAGAAUCUGAUGCUGCACAGUGUAGGGACGGGGGAAAAUAACGAUAUGCCCUGGAAUGAGGACGGUCUGUUCAACUACAGCUACAACAUUGUCUUCAGGGCAGGUUACCUGGCUCUGUUCGGUAAUGAGACACCAAAACCCACAGAGAGCAUAGAGAAAGCCAGAGAGGUCGACAGAGUGGAGUCCCAGGAGCUCUUCCUUGAGUUCCGUAAGUAUGACCAGCUCUUCCCCAAUCUGGCCUAUGGGGUCUUGCCUCCAGGGGAGAAGAGAGAGGCGGAGAGGCUGAAGAGGCUGUUCUGGAACAUGCUGUCAGUGCAGAAGGUGAGGACCAAGGAGAACAUCAGUGUCUGGGUGCGCGAGCAGCAGCAGGAUAGGGAGGAGCACGGUAUGGAAGACUUCAUGCAGGACAGGUACAUGUUUCUUCUCCUUUGGGCCUCACAGGGCAACACAGGCCCUGCUGCCUUCUGGCUGCUCUUCUACCUCAUGAAGCACCCAGACGCCAUGAGGGCCGUGCAGGGGGAAGUGGAGGAGGUGCUUAAGGAGACGGGCCAGGAGGUGAAGCACGAAGGCCCUUUCAUCAACCUGACCCAGGACAUGCUGCAAAAGACGCCCAUCUUGGACAGUGCCGUGGAGGAGACACUCCGCCUCACCUCCGCCCCCGUACUAACCAGGGCCGUGCUCCAGGACAUGUCCCUGAAGAUGGCAGACGGAAACGAGUACCGCAUCAGAGAAGGAGACAGAGUAGCCCUGUUUCCUUACACUGCUGUCCAGAUGGACCCGGAAGUCCACCCCGACCCACUCACCUACAAGUAUGACCGCUUCCUGACUGCAGAUGGGGGUAAAAAGACUGACUUUUACAAAGGUGGGAAAAAAAUUAAAUACUACAACAUGCCGUGGGGUGCUGGGAUCACUAUGUGCCCAGGACGCUUCUUCGCCACCAACGAGUUGAAGCAGUUUGUCUUCCUCAUGCUCACAUACUUUGAUUUUGAGCUCAAGAACCCAGAUGAAAAGAUACCUGAUAUUGACACCAAGCGCUGGGGCUUUGGGUCCAUGCAUCCAACCAGAGACAUCCAGUUUAGAUACAGACUCAGGUUUUAAAACUGAGUGACUGACAAACCAGCCUUUGACAACAUUUUGACAACUGUUAAUCUGAUGAUGAUUAUUAUAAACUAUGUGCCUAAACAUUAAUUUAUCUAGAGUACAUAGGACAGUAAAAUGUGUUACAGUAUUACAAUAACUGGAUAUAAUUGCUGUGUUAAUUUAGAUGAAAAAUAAUUGACCUGUUCUCUCUUUGAAAAUGACUGGAAGGAAUAUUUUUGUUUAUGCUUAGAGUCAACUGGAAAGUAGAUAUAGCAUAAUUGAAAGCUGACAUGGACAGAAAAUGAUCUGUCCUGUAAAGCCGGUGAGUAAUAGGAAAGGGUUAGAGAUAGUCUUGGAAAUGCACACAUGUUAUCUGUAAGUGAACUACAAAAAAUAGAAAAUACUUAGGAUGCUUAAUAAGUGACAAAAAAUAUAUAAAGUUAACUUUAUCCCAUUACUCAACAUUGUGAAAUCAGACCUUUUUAAAUGGAACAAUCUUAUCAUACAGUACAUCUAACAAGUACACUCUUAGAAAAAAAGGUUUCAAAUGGGUGCUUCGGCUGUCCCCAUAGGAGAACUCUUUUUGGUUCCAGGUAGAACCCUUAGGGUUCAAUUUAGAACCAUCUGUGGAAAGGGUUCUACAUUGAACCCAAAAGGGUUUUACCUGGAACCAAACAGGGUUCUUCAAAGGGUUCUCCUAUGGGGACAGCCGAAGUACCCUUUUAGGUACUUUUAGCACCUUUUUUUCUAAGAGUGUAGAAUACACCUCUUCAGAAUGGCAUGGCUCCCAAAGUUGUAGUACGUAUUCUAGGUAAUACCAAUCACCCAGAAAGUAUACUCGGUCACAACAGACUUUAUAUGGGCAAAUAAAACUUGUAGAUUAUAAACAAAAGUCUUCCUUGAGGGUGGUUUUAACCUUCCAGACUUGGAAUUCUAUCAACUCGCUGAGGCUUUUACUUGCCUUAUAUAGUUAAAUGCGCUAAAGAGGAAGAUGCACCUGCAUAUUGAAGAUGCACCUGCUCAUCCCCAGAAUAUUUGCAUGUAUCUAUUUUCAAAGGACAAAGCUAAGAACAUUAACCUCUUCAUAGUUAAGAAAAAAAAACAUGGAAGAAAAUGUAGCAUAUUCUACAAGAAACAAUAUCACUCCCUAAAAACACAACCCUAUAGAAAAAUCCUUGGAUAGCUUUUCAGAAUUCACCAAUAAAUUGGUCCACAUGGAAAACCUAAAGGCAUAGCAACCGUAAAUGACUUGGUUAUAGAAAAUACAUGUAUUUCCAUGACAGCAUUAAAAAGCAAUUUUGGUACAUGAACAUGUAACUUAAAAGUGUUAUAUCACGAAAUUUCAAUUUGAAAUCUUUUUUACAUCAGAGCAAUCUUGAGGGAAUCCUAUUUGAGUCAGAAAAGGAUAUUCACAUAAUAGGUAAGCUAUAUAAAACCUUGCAGAGAGCCUAUCCAACUGACAAUCUCUUAGAAGAAAAUAGAAACUAUUGGAACCAAGACUUAAAAGGAACUAAUAUUGGCACAAGAUGGAGGGAAUGUUGGAACAUAGCUAAUGAAAUUACAGUAAAUGAAAAUGUACACUCAAUCCAGUAUUAACACAUUUUUACAAAUUCAACAACACAGUGGCGUGUCGACGGCAAGAAACAAAAUGGUGCAGUUGGAGGCCAUGUUGCCGGAGAGUGAUGCUGGAGGUGUGAGCAUGUUGGUCUGGGCAGGUGUGAUGUAGUUGAUGUUUGUAUUGUUUCAAAACAUUUUAUAAAAUCUUACCAAAAAAAAAAGAAAGGCACAGGUGUUCAAAACCAACUCCAUGUAGGAGAUGAGAUGACAUUUAUUUAAAGCUACUGCUGUGUGCUGUAUUGUUGCUUUAAUUAACUUUUUAGUCUGGUUCACUUGGGAAGUUAUUCAUUACACUUUCUAUAGUGUAUAAAUACACCCAGUCACUACAAAGACACAGGCGUCCUUCCUAACUCAGUUGCCGGAGAGGAAGGAAACCGCACAAGGAUUUCACCAUGAGGCCAAUGGUGACUUUAAAACAGUUAGACUUUAAUGGCUGUGAUAGGAGAAAACUGAACAUGGAUCAACAACAUUGUAGUUACUCCACCAUACUAAACUAAUUGACGUUGUGAAAAGAAGGAAGCCUGUACAGAAUACUUGUUUUCAACAAGGCUCUAAAGUAAUACUGCAAAAAAUGUGGCAAAUCAAUUAACUUUUGUCCUGAAUACAAAAUGUUAUGUUUGGAGCAAAGCCAAUUCAACACAUCACUGAGUACCACUCUCCAUAUUUUCAAGCAUAGUGGUGGCUGCAUCAUGUUAUGGCUAUGCUUGUAAUCGUUAAGGACUGGGGAGUUUUUCAGGACAAUAAAUAAACAGAAUGGAGCUAAGCACAGGCAAUGUCCUCGAGGAAAAUAUGGUUAACUCUGCUUUCCACCAGACACUGGGAGAUUAAUUCACCUUUCAGCAGGACAAUAACCUAAACCACAAGGCCAAAUCUACACUGGAGUUGCUUACCAAGAAGAAAGUGAAUGUUCCUGAGUGGCUGGGUUACAGUUUUGACUUAAAUCUAAUUGAAAAUAUAUGGCAAGACCUCAAAAUGGUUGUCUAGCAAUGAUCAAUAACAAAUCUGACAGAGCUUGAAAAUUUUUGAAAAGAAUAAUGGGAAAAUGUUGCUCAAUCCAGGUGUAGAAAGCUCUUAGAGACUUACCAAGAAAGACUCACAGCUCUAAUCGCUGCCAAAGGUGCUUAUACAAAGUAUUGAUCCAGGGGUGUGAAUACUUAUAUAAAUGAGAUAUUUCAGUAUUUCAUUUUCAAUAAAUUUUCAAACAUUUCCAAAAUCAUAGUUUCACUUUGUGAUAAUGUGGUAUAGUGUGUAGAUGGGGGAGAAAAAUACAUAAUUAAUAUAUUUUUAAUUCAGGCUGUUACACAACAAAAUAUGGAAUAAGUCAUGGGGUAUGGAUACUUUCUGAAGGCACCGUAUGUCCUAGGCCACAGUGUGGACACAAAAGGCAGAUGUCUGACGUUACUAAAGUUUUCCCAAAUCCACACUCUACAUGGACUACUCAGAAAAAGUAGCUAGAAUUAUAUCAUGUGGGGGCAUUCAGUUUAAUCCACCCUGAACCACAUAAACAGCUACUAGGCCUAUUCAGUGAGACUUGUACCCAUUUGUGCCCUUACAGAGAGACUGCCUUUAAAAAGCAAUGAAUCCUUUUGAAAAAUGUCUACGUGGCAUCCAUAUGAGUCAGAAGCAGUUAUUAUAGUGUCAAAAUUUACUACAAAGUGUAAAUAGGAUACUUUUGGUCAUGAAGUCAGUCUCGUCCAAAAUGGAAUUUGGAACAUCCUGUGCGUCACAACGGGUAAAUGACGGUUGAGUUUUGAUUUGCCCAGUAACAUGCGGUGAACAGCUGCGGUGAUUGCUCUCUAUCCAAUAGCAUAGACAGUGAGUCAGACCUGCCGAGCAGCUACGACUUUGUUCACAUAAGAUUACACAUUGUGCAUUUUUUAAACUUGAGAAAUAGAUUAGUUAGAUGUAAAAUUGCUCAACUAAAACCUCCUCGGUAAAAAUUUACAAAUUCAAUUGUCAACCCUACUCAUGCUCCCCCCCUCCGGCGCUCGAAGUCGCUGUUCUACUAACCAUCAGCCCUGGCUAUUAUUACGCACACCUGCUCCCAAUCAUUAAGCACACCUGGUCAUCAUUUACACUGUGAUUACUCCCGCUUUAUUUAUCCCUCAGUUGACAUCAGUCAUUAGGUAAUAUUGUUUUCUCUCUUUCUUUACGCUGCUCAUGUUUGCUCGUCAACAUUGUUUCUUUAUUAAACUCACCUACUGCA